UUCCCGAAUUCCUUCUUAUAUUCCCCCCUUUCUUUUCUUAAAUCUUUAUUUGUAUAUUCACUUUUGCUUUCCCCAUUCCAAAAAGAAAAUCCAUUUAAAAUCCAUUUAUUCCCCCCUCCCUCCCCCAUAAUUUUCUCUUUUCUAACAGGAUUUGCUCCCUUCUCUCCCUAUUUUGAUCUCCUUUCCCUCAUUCCAUUUAUUUUCUUUUUAAUUAAAUAAAUUAAUUUUAUUUGAAAGAGAAUCUCUUCAAUUAUGCAAUUAAUAAAUAAAAGAUUAAAUUCCCGAUUUUUAUUAUUUUUUGUGUUGAAUGCCUUUAUUUUUAUAUUUUUGCCUUCAAUAAAUGCACAAUUCCUCAAUUCUCAAUUUUCUGAUUCUUCCUCUUCCACACUCAAAGUCGACCCUUUAAGGAAGGUUUUUGGUAUUUGGGGAAGGUUAUUGAAUCGGAUGGCUCAACCAAGCCCUCCAACAGACGAUGAACUUCAUUUAAAGGGUUUGCAAGAAGGAACAGAAGAAAAUGACAAUUUUAUUGAAGAGUCUGACUGGACUAGACGGAUAGCAGGGGCUGGGGAUGGAAGCAGGAAGGUACCGGCUACUGGGGCUAAUCGAAUAAUUGAUGAAGCAAAGCUUAACCAGCUUCUUCCUAGACUAAAUUCUCAAAGUCCAACAACUACUGUUUCAACAACAACAGUCUCUACAACCUCCACAACCUCGAAAAAUGAUAGUAAUAGAGCAAUAGAGGAAGCAACCACAGUCAAUCCAAAAAAUGAAACAAAAGUUGUACCUGAACCAGAAUUAAACAAUAAAAAUGAGUUAAUUAAUUCAACAAUUCUGAUUCCAAAAUCAGAAGAGUUUAGAAAAAAGAAAACAAAGAAAAACAAAAGAAAAAGGCCUAUAACAAUUAAUAUACCCUUACUAAAACAAGCUGAAGGAGUGAAUUCAGAGGGUGAGUAA